AUGGAGGAUUACAAGUGGAAAUUAUUGACUUAUUUUGCUACUAAGGAAGAAUUUAAGGAGGCGGUUAGAACAUUGUUAGUCAUUCAGGUAGAAAACUUGAAACUUAAGAAAAAUGAUAACAAGAGGAUGAGAGUCAUGUGUAAGAAAGGUUGUCCAUGUGAGUCAUAUUGUACAAAAUUACAAGAUGAAGAGACUUGGCAGUUGAGAAAAAUUAUGGACAAGCACACAUGCAGUAAGGAUUAUAAGGUUAGGCUCCUUAAUUCCAAAUGGUUGGACAAAAAGAUUCAAAGUAGUGUAAGAGAGAAUCCUAGUUUGAAGUUGACUGAUAUAAUGGAGAAAACUAAACAAAAGUGGAAUAUAGAGAUAAAUAAGACACUUGCAUACAGAGAAAACUCACUUGCUAUUGACAUUGUUGAUGGUUCAUUAAGGCAGCAAUAUACACAAAUCCAUGAUUAUGGUCAUAAGCUGUUAAGGGCAAACCCUGGAUCAACUGUGAAAAUUACAAGUCAACCGGUUCAAGGUGGAGAGGAAACCAUUGGGAGGGAUCCAAAUUGCCAAAUGUUGCCAAUAUCAUUUGUUGUAGUUGAGGGAGAAACCAAAGAUUCAUGGAGUUGGUUUUUGGAGCUAUUGACGUCUGAUUUGGGAGGUGUUAGAUUAUGCAAGACUUAUACAUUUAUAAGUGAUCAACAAAAGGGUUUGUUGCUUGCAUUUAAUGAGUUGCUACUAGAGGUUGACCAAAGAUUUUGUGUUAGGCACUUAUAUAGAAAUUUCAGGAAGAAGUUUCUAGGUGUUAAAUUAAAGGAACUGAUGUGGAAGGCUGCAACUUCUAGUCAUGCAAAUGCUUUGGAAAAAAUAAUGUGUGAAAUGAAAAGUGUUAAUGAAGAGACAUUCAAGAACCUAUGGAAUAUUCCACUGAGGUUCUGGAGAAAACCAAGGUUUAGAACUAGUCCAUGGUGUGAUACUUUGGUGAACAAGUCAGAGGAAUUCAACUCAGUAUUUGUAGCAGGAAGAGUCAAGCCUGUUGUGACUAUGAUUGAAUAG